UUCAUCUUCUUCUACAUAUCUAGCUAGCUGCUCGACUAUAUUUAACAACCAAUCAUCAUGGCUUGUCUUCAUAUGAAAUGUCUCAUCAUCAUGUGUCUUGUAUUUACCUUUAGCAGUUUGCUAUUAUCGGUAUCAUCCCGGGGUGCGAUUUAUCGACCACCAACCGUUGAGCGGUUAACAGACCGUUUUCCUCGUAUCCCGUUUACACAAGGAAUGUCUACAUUAUUUGGAGCAUCAAAUAUUCAUCUAAAAAGCAAUGGAUCAUAUGCUGAUAUCAGUUUAGACAAAACUUCAGGGUCCGGAUUGAUAUCAAAGAACAAAUACUACCAUGGAUUCUUUAGCGCCGCAAUAAAGUUGCCAGCAGGAUUCACUUCAGGAGUGGUACUAGCUUUCUAUAUGUCGAAUGCAGAUGCAUAUCCAAAGAACCAUGAUGAGAUAGACUUUGAGUUGCUUGGCUACUCAAAAAGAAGGCAAUGGGUUCUACAAACAAAUAUGUAUGGAAAUGGAAGUGUCAAAACUGGAAGAGAAGAAAAGGUUUACCUUUGGUUUGACCCAACUCAAGAUUUCCAUCAAUACACCAUCCUUUGGAACAACCACCACAUUGUAUUUUUAGUAGACAACAUACCGGUAAGAGAAGUAAUCCACAAUCAAGCGAUUUCAUCUGUGUACCCAUCGAAGCCAAUGUCACUAUACACAACCAUAUGGGAUGCUUCCGAGUGGGCAACGAGUGGAGGAAAGUAUCCGGUGAACUAUAAGUAUGCUCCAUUUGUAGCAUCAUUGGGAGAAUUGGAAAUUGUAGGAUGUUCAAUGCCAAAAUCACCAAGCUCUACUACUACCGGAUGUUUAAAGAAUAAUGCAAGUACUAGCUUGGACCCUGUUGAUGGAGCAGAGUAUGCAACUUUAUCAACACAACAAAAAGCUGGUUUGAAUUGGGUGAGGAGUAAACAUAUGUAUUACUCCUAUUGCAAAGAUACAGCCCGAUAUAAAGUGAUGCCCGCCGAGUGCAAUGCUACUCAAUAAUUCUUAAUUUGCUAUAUAUAGAUAUAUUUGAUUUGAUA